GGACACCAGGAUCUUGUCAGCCUAGCUAGGACAAUAUUGGAAAGUACUGGGCCAGAGGAGAAUAUUCCUGUGAGAACACAGGAUAGGUCUGAGAUGAGUGCUAUAGAAGAACAAGGGGUGACCCCUGCGGAGCCACCAAGUUCUCGAUUUACUGCUGUCAAUGGAAAAGAGCAGUCCGCCAGUGUAGCAUCGGUCAAUGGCGUGAACGGCAACGGAGCUCCACGAAGAGAGUCUGAAGAGAGGCCUAGAGGGCAACCCCGGAUACCCCCUCCGGGGCAAGAGAAGCUCACCAUUACUACGACGAUUACGGAGAGAGAAGAUUGGAUACCACCGGCCAAUGGAGAUCGGCCGUCAUACCCGUAUUCAACCUCUUACUCUGACACAGAUUCGGCACACAAGCGCAAGAGGUCUGGUUCCAUUGAAAAGAAUUCAGCAUCUGCAAACUCGUACCACAGCCACGCUUUACCGUCUUCAACAAAGCAGACCCCAACUACCGCAAAUACCGAGUCUGAGGGACCUCGAGAUAAUAGCCCGCGAGGGCAGUCGCAACCUGAUUCAAGGGAUUCUUAUAAUGCAGAUGCCAAAUAUAGGCAGAUUCUUACUCCUGCUGAGGAGAGUCGAGAGGCAGCACCGGGAAGCGAACCCUGGCACUCACGGCGGUACCCUUCACAGACACACAUCAACUCCGAUGAACACCUAGGUGAAGUACUGCGAAGAGCUUCCCAAGACAUGGAUGCUCAGCAGCAUCAAGAUUAUGACAAUACAAGUCCAGGAGAGGAUGACAGAUCCACGAAUCCCUACAAUGGAUACGCAAACGAGAGAAGAGACAUGUCCGCACAAUCAGAUCCGAAGAAACGCAAAAGGAACUUUAGCAAUCGCACCAAGACGGGGUGUAUGACUUGUAGAAGACGUAAAAAGAAGUGCGACGAAUCGCGUCCAGAAUGCAACAACUGUCUCCGUGGUGGUUUCGUUUGCUCUGGAUAUCAGCAACGCGGCCAGUGGCCAAAGACAGAGCAAAAACAAGCCCCGAUACCUUUGCAGUCAAAGACAGAAUAUGAGAGUACGGGUUAUACCCAGCCAUCCUACAGUCCCCAACAUAUAAACCAGCCGCGGAGAGAGCCACUGCCGGGUUAUCGAGGCCAGACCUUACGCGUUGAUCCUCAGCAUGGAAGGAAACCUGGCAUGGAAGAUGAGCAAUCUAGAUCAGGAACCGCCAAUGCUUCCACUGGCAGCCCCGAGAACAAUCGAUUAUCUGUAACAUCACUCGGCAUGCAAACGCCAACUCCGAUCACUGCCUCAAAUAGUUCGUUUCCUGAUCAUGGUCUCAAGAGCAUCUAUGAGCGUUCUUUUCCUGUACUCGAGCCAACCAAACAGGAUACGGACACUGGUACGCCGCAGUCAGCUCAAUCCUCGACUGCUCCGCAGAUAUUACAUUCGCAUGGACAUUCCGAAAGUCCUCAUGCUAACCCCCAAGUUGCCGCGCAAUUAGCAUUGUCAAAUCUUGCCUCUACGAGCCGGCCGCGUACCCAGAAAGAGGAGAUGUUGGCAGGGCGGCACUACUUUCCGUUUGACAAAGAACUCGUUCUCGAACGCGAACGUUGCAAUGGAGCUUGCUGGCGCUUCAACAGCAGUACCAAUCCUAACAACGGCGUGUCUCCCGAGGAGCGUGCAAGGUUAUUCCGCGAUAUUCUACAACCUCGUGAUCAUGUAAUGUCUCCAACACAAGCUUCGCCCGUCACUCCAGUUGGUCGAGUCGGCGACAACGUUGUGGUCGAAGCGCCUUUCACUUGCGACUAUGGUUACAACAUCACCAUCGGACAAGACGUCGCGAUUGGAAAGAACUGCACAAUUCUUGACACCUGCGAGGUCAAGAUCGGUGAUAGAUGUAAUAUUGGCCCGAAUGUCAAUAUCUACACUGCAACAUUACCAGUCGACCCGAAGAGAAGACUUGGUUCUAAAGGACAAACUCUGGGGCGGAAGAUUAUCAUCGAGUCAGACUGCUGGAUUGGUGGCGGUGUUACCAUCUUGCCAGGUCGGAUAAUAGGCAAAGGCAGUACUGUGGGAGCUGGCUCCAUUGUCACAAGGGACGUUCCGCCAUUUACAGUCGUCUGCGGAAACCCAGCUCGUGUCAUUCGUGGCUUGUAUCCGCUGCUUGAAUAG